CCUCAGGAAGCUCGCGCCGGCCGCCAGCCCCCAUACUCACCCAGCCCCCAUGCACACCCGCUUGAGUGGUUAGGCGCCUGAAUCUGGGGCCUCUGAUCCGAGGGUAAACUGAGGCCAGAGAAAGGGCACAUCCUUCCCAAGCACUGGAGCACUUGGCCCCUGCUGCGCUGGAUGCCAUGAGUUGCUAAAAGUGAACCUGGCUUUUCAGCUGCCUUGGGGUGCUGUGUGGGAGGCCCAGAACCAUGUCGGACCUGCUACUACUGGGCCUGAUUGGGGGCCUGACUCUGCUGCUGCUGCUGACAUUGCUGGCCUUUGCCGGGUAUUCAGGGUUGCUGACUGGGGUGGCAGUGAGUGCUGGCUCACCCCUCAUCCGCAACAUAACUGUGGCCUACAAGUUCCACGUGGGGCCCUAUGGCAACACUGGGCAGCUUUUCACGGAGAGCUGCAGUAUAUCCCCUGAGCUCCGCUCCAUCGCUGUCUACUAUGACCACCCCCACAUGGUGCCCCCUGAGAAGUGUCGCUGUGCAGUAGGCAGCAUCCUGAGUGAGGGCGAAGUGUCUCCCUCCCCUGAGCUCAUCCAGCUUUACCAGAAAUUUGGCUUCAAGAUAUUCUCCUUUCCAGCACCUAGCCAUGUGGUGACAGCCACUUUUCCUUACACAACCUCCCUGUCCAUCUGGCUGGCUACCCGCCGUGUCCAUCCUGCCUUGGACACCUACAUCAAGGAACGGAAGCUGUGUGCCCACCCUCGUCUGGAGAUCUAUCAACAAGACCAGAUCCAUUUCAUGUGCCCGCUGGCACGGCAAGGUGACUUCUAUGUGCCAGAAGUGAAGGAGACAGAGCGGAAAUGCCGGGGGCUUGUAGAAGCCAGCAAUGCCCAGGUGGAUGGCACAGGUAUAGAAGGAGCUGACACAAUGAGUGACAUGAGUUCUGUAAGCCUGGAGGUGGGCCCUGGCAGCCGGGAGACUUCAGCCAUCACGCUGUCCCCUGGGGCAAGCAGCCGUGGCUGGGAUGAUGGUGAUAACCGGAGUGAGCACAGCUACAGCGAGUCCGGUGCCAGUGGCUCAUCCUUUGAGGAGCUGGAUCUGGAGGGCGAGGGGCCCUUGGGGGAACCACGAUUGGGCCCUGAGGCCAAGCCUCUGGGUCUGUUUCGGGAGCCUACUACCCCUGAGAAGGAUGAGGAGUAACUUGCAUCCUGCACCCUCCUGUGGGUACUGUUGCUGAGGAACUGAGCAGAUUGUCUAACCCUCUUCCUUCUUCACCUCUCCAGCCCAGACUAUGGCUGGGGAUGCCUGGGGGACCUGACUUCUACCCCAGGCCUCUAGUUAUGCCUUCUCCUCACUGCCCUUUUGGUUCCCAGGGCCAGAGGAGAUAGGGACUGUUACCUGUACCAGACUCUUGGGCUGCCACCCCUGUUGUCUUUUUUCAGAUUCAUGUUAGAGCGCUUCCAGAACCCAAAAUAAAGCAAAUGAUUUUCUUGUUUCACCUGUA